AGCACAAUAUGGUGGGAAAAAUGAGAGAUAGCUCAGCUUCACCAAAUGGUUCCUUUACUACUGCCAUGACACUAAAUGAAGAGGGGCUAACCUAUGUUCCCAAGCGUUACAUUCUUCCCCCAUCCUUACGCCCCGAGCGUACCCUGUGUGACACAUGCUUGCCCGUUGUAGAUCUCUCCUUUCUGCGACACCCUCUUCUUCGGCCUCAGAUAAUCCAGGAAGUACACCUGGCUUGCAAGGAACUAGGUUUCUUCCAGGUAGUUAACCAUGGAAUCCCACUGUCAGUCAUGAAAGAUGCCAUAGAUGCUGCAAGCGAAUUCUUCGAUUUACCAACUGAAGAGAAAAAGCAUCUCUUGUCUUCAAAUGUUCAUGAACCCAUAAGAUAUGGUACUAGUCUAAAUCAUGUCAAAGACAAAGUACACUUUUGGAGAGACUUCCUCAAGCACUACGCUAAUCCAAUCUCAACUUGGAUUGACUUGUGGCCAUCAAAUCCCACAUGUUACAAGGAGAAAAUGGGAAAUUACACAAAGGCAGCACAAAAGUUGCAAGAAGAACUCAUGGAAGUGAUAUUUGAGAGCUUAGGACUAAACCCUAGUUACUUACAUGAAGACAUUGCAGAAGGCUCUCAGGUCAUGGCCGUUAAUUGCUAUCCAGCAUGUCCUGAGCCAGAUCUUACACUAGGAUUGCCACCACACACAGAUUAUGGUAUGCUAUCCAUCAUUCUUCAAAAUUACCAGGGCUUACAAAUCAUGGACCGAGAUGAAAAGUGGCAUGCAGUUCCAGUCAUUGAAGGAGCUCUCGUUGUUCAGCUGGGAGAUCACAUGGAAGUAUUGAGCAAUGGCAGAUACAAAAGUGUUCUCCACCGAGCAGCAGUUAACUCAGAAAAAAAGCGCAUUUCAAUUGCCAGCCUUCAUAGUCUAGCUUUAGGUAAAACAGUUAGACCUGCACCAGACCUUGUCAACGAACAACAUAUCUUGUCCUACAAAGAAGGAAGCUUCAGUGAUUUCCUUGACUUCAUUUCUCAAAAAAAUAUCAUCGAAGGAAAGUACAUAGACAAACUAAAAAUAAACUCAUGAUGGUUAUGGUCCCUGAGAGAGCAUAUGUGAAAUCUCUUCUUCACACUCAAACUCCAUGCUGCCAACCUGUGUGUUUGUACUUGUUUAAAUGCACAAUCAAAUUAUCAGUACCUAUUUUUCUUAUGAGUCAAUCUAAUAUCAAUGGUGAGGGGCUCUUCAAUCUUCAUGUAAGAGACCUCACUGUGACAAAUAAAUUAUGGGACAAAGUUUACCAGUCUAUUUAUUUUUAAGUAGGAUUCUCAUAGAGGUCAUGUAUGAUUUGAGAACCCAUAAUUUGUUAACAAAGUACAAAUGCACCAUCAGGAUCUUCAUUGCGCAUAUGCUUUACCUCGGUUGGCUAACACCACAAACUUCAGCAGAUAGAUGUUACAAACUGGAAACAAAAAAAUUAUAUUUCAAUUUGCAGAAAUUUUGUAUACAUUCACCACAUUUAAGACAUUAAAGUUGUAUUGGUAUCCAGUUUGAGGCUAAUGUAGAGCAACAACAUUUCAGCAAUCAAGCCACAUUGAUCUCUGGUACAUGUGCUUGUUGAAAGCACAAACUCCCAAACAAGGUAGAUCUUGAGAGUAAAUUGACAAGGAGAAUUAGUUAAGAUCUUACACUAACUACACCUGCAAAGAAUAUUAGCGUGAUUUACCAUCGCAACCAUAUACAGCUACCAUCACCUUUCAACAAUAGUUGUUCUGCAAAUGAAACCCACAAAUUAGCCAGCAUAAUAGCAACUUUAGUAAAAUUAUCUCUUUCUUAAUUUCUUUUUAUUCCCUUGUAAGCUAAGAAGGAAGUGUGACUUCAAGAUCAAGUUCCAUAAGUCUGGCAUGUCAAUUGACGAGUCUUUAACCAUAUAAAACUGUUUAUCAGCGUGAUCUCACUAAAUUUCAUAGGUCCAAGCUGUAUAUCACAAUCUACUUAUCAUUUCAAAACUCCUUUCAACUAAUUGACAUUAUGACAAAUACAUCUACAGUUUCUUAAACCAAAUCGCUUCUUUUUACGUAUAAAUAGUUCCUUACUGCACUUAACGGAAUAAAUGAUAUCACCUUUGCUAAUCAAGUUGAUUAGUCGCUAUAUUUUCACAUCAUAAAAGGAAAAUAUCAGAAUCCAUCGUUAAUGCUACUCUAUAUGCCUGCAAUUUCUUUAUCUUAAUUCUUUUGGUUUUACUUACGAAUAAUUCCUUAGAACACCAAAUGGCAUAAACGAUUUAAUCAUCAAAAAAGAGAAGGGCAGCUUGGUGCAAAGGGCAGCUUGGUGCACAAGGCAUCCCGCAUUCACGCAGGGUCCGGAGAAGGGCCGCAUCCCCAAUAGACAGCCUAAUCUAAUGCAAGCAUUAGUAGAUCCACGGCUCGAACUAGUGACCUAUAUUAUAGGUCACAUGGAGACAACUUUACUGUUGCUCCAAGGCUCCCCUUCAAACAAUUUAGUCAUCAUUAGUCCUAAUUCAAGCUGAUACUUCAUGUACUAAAUAAAGUGAAAGGUUAUCUCCUUAGAAACUAAGUAAAAGUGCUAAAUAGUACUUGACAACAAUAUUUUCUUCAAUCUAUCAGAUAAAAGAACCAUAAAUCCAGGAUAGUAAGGCCAUACAUCGAGAUGAAAAGUUCAUCUCUCUCUCUAUAUAUAUAUAUGUGUGUGUGUAUAUAUAUAUAUCUCCCUCUAUCUCUCUGACAAAUUGGUUUAGAAAAUGGCAUAUUUUCUGUUUAUCUAUUCAGAAAGGUACAGAGAAAAAUCUGAUUUCCCUCCAUUUUGGGACAAUCAGAUGCCCCCCUGGAUAAUUUUGUGAACAUCAUAGUAUAAUCUCAACUAUCGUGUUACCGAUUUUGCAAAGAGAAUAACGGGAUAACUCUAGAAAGCUAAACCAUCACAUAUUCAGAAGCGUAUUAAUCAUAAGUGAGUAAAUUAAGUAGUCUUCUUCCUCGUUGAUUUAAUUUCUAAUUUCUUAGGUAUUGAUCCCAUAGUUCAGAACUUAGCUUAUGAUGCAAGUUAACAUUGUUAAACCUAAUUUUACAAGUGUAUGCUCACCGAUCAUAUUAUUAACUUAGUAAUUAAACCACUAGGAGCUUGAAUUUGCAGUUGAAUUGCUCCAUUUCAAUUAUGAACAGUGAUUUUUUGUUUGAUUUCCAUGUAAUCUCAUUCUAUAUGAAUAGCAACAAUUAAAAUUCCAGAUAUACAGUAAUCUAAGUAUCAUUAGUGUAGAUUUAAUUAGAGGAAAAAAUAGAGAAAAUUUCAACUGAUUCUAAGGGGGAAAAGCGCGGGAAAAAACACUUACGAAGCA